AUGCCGGCCAGCAACAAUAAUGCCACUUACUUGAGAGCUUUUGGCUUAUCGGCCGUAGCAGCGGCGGAAUCGUCGUCGGAACAACUCGACCAGCAUCAGCUCCACCACCUGCAGCAUCAUGUGGCGGUUGUCGUCGGCGGUGACGGAAGGAGCGAUUGCGACGGCGGAGAGUUCGACACGUCCGCCGAGGAAGACAGGGCGGCGGCGGACACCAUCGACGAGCUGAACAACCGUCGCGGUGACGUCGUGACGUCGCCGGUCGUGGCCGCAGCGGAGGAGGCGGCGAGCGAUGAGUCGCCGCCGGCGGCCACAACGACCGCGGCGCCGUUGUCGUCCUCGUCACAGCGUUGCGACGGCUCGGCGACCGACGUGGUGACCGCGGCGGCGGACGAAGAAAAUGGCGGCGGGAGCGCGGGCACGCCCAGCAUCGGCUACGGGUCGCCGGCGGUAGAUGGUGCGCCGGUCGGUAGGACGUCGUUCGGGUCGGAGGAGGAGGAGCCCGCCGCCGUCGACCGUUUACAGCAACAACCGGUUCACGGGACGGCAGACGAACGGCCGACCGGCAACGUGUACGUACGCCGCGAUGAUAUGAACUAUCAUCAUCAACACCAUCACCAGCACCAGCACCAGCAGCACGACAGUCCGCCGCAGCUACACGUAAGCACCAGUGCGACGACUACGACAACGUCGACCGGUGUCAACAGCAAUAACAACAACAGUAACAGUAACAGUAGCGGACCGUCGCCAAACAGCCGUUACGACAAUAUGUUGGUUGCACAGACUUAUCAACAGGCCAAGUACGGCAGUGGCCGAGACUUGAUGGCCGCUAUGUUCCCGCAAGUAUUGAUCGCGGGUCAGCAACAGAUACAUCAGCACUUACAACAGCGCGACGAAGACGAAGAUUUUUACGAGUACCAGCAACAGGCGUACCAGCAGCAGCAGCAACAGCAACAUGCCAAGUUCGAUCACAUCGUGCUCAAGCAGGAACCGCUGGACCGAGUCCAGCAAGUGUACACCGACGAGUACUUCCACCAGGACCACCAGCAGCAAUUGUCCGUGCAGCUCCAGCAGCAACAGGAGCAACACUGCUCCAGUCCCGGCAGCUCGGCGGGUGGUUACGACGAGGAAGUGGUGGUUGCCGCAGCCGCUAAAGGUGAACUGCUUGACCUGCACUUGGCCCGGUCCGACGGCGGCGCUGGACCCGGACAGCAGGAGAAUCCCUUCGCGCAUCUCGUGGCCUCACUGCACAGUGACUCGGGUAGCGCUUCCCCGUUGCAGGGCCAUUUGCACGACGACCAACAACAGGGCUGCGGUUCGCCUACCAUCGUGUGCCAGCAGCAGCCGCACGUGGCCGACCACUCGUAUACGCCGUCGUCCGCGGCCGCCGAACAGCAAAUUCCGCAACAUUUGUCGUCGCAAAAUCAUCACGGCGUCUACCACAGCAGUUCCAACGUCAUACACCACAACAGUUCCAACAUCUCUGGCUCGACCAUGUACCAGAGGAGUAACGGCGGUGGCCUACAGUAUUCGGCUUCCAUGCCACAUUACUUCACGUCCUCGCCUGAGCUCAACCAACAGCAGACUAACAACAUCAUCACAUCCGUGGCCGGCAAUCAAAUGUGGUCUACAGUAGUGUCCGAAGACGGUACUGGAGGAUAUUCUCCGACUUCGACAAGCAAACAGCAGCAGUCCAACCACAACGGCGGUGGCCUGCCAGCUUUCACUCAGCGUUUCGGCACGUCGUCAACGUCCGCGUACACAGCCGCCGGCUCGUCCCGGUCAGCCCCUUCGUCGUAUCACCCGAUCGCCACGUCCGGCGUAACCCCUUAUCACCUGACCGCCACAGCCGUCAACAACGGUGGUCCGGCGGACACUUCGUCGCUCCAGUGGGCGGCCGCCGCAGUGGCCGGAUCGCACGGUUACUCGAACACCGACGGCACCAUAAACUACGCUCCGAUGCCGAUCAACCAGUCGGGCAGGAGCCGAUCAAACGCAUUCUCAGCUGCCGCUUCACUGUCAGCUCUGGCUUCCGGCCCAAGCUCGUCCGGUUCUGGAGAUUUCUAUAAGGGUCCUCUGUAUCAUCAUGUGCCUGCCAGUUUUGCAAGAUCAUCCGGAGCCGGCGGAUUAGAAGAGAAAACCACAAGAAGAAUGCAAAAUGCAUCUAGGCGUCAAGGAUUGCAGUGCACAAACUGUCAAACGGCUACCACGUCGUUGUGGCGCAGAAAUCAAGUGGGUGAGCCUGUGUGUAACGCAUGCGGUCUGUACUUUAAGUUACACGGUGUUAAGAGACCACUUACGAUGAAAAAGGAUUCUAUCCAGACACGGAAGCGCAAGCCCAAAGGUGGAUCCAAAAUAGAACCGGAACCUAAGAGAAUUAAACAAGAAAUACCAUCUGAACAUAACUAUAGUGACUGUCACCGCACAUCCGGUAGUGUUUUGAAUCAUGGCAGUGCUAGUUCGGGUCUUGCGUAUACCAACUUGUACCAAACAGCCACACAUAUGACACCUGCUUACUAUGACGUCCUUAAGUCAGAGUCAUCGCAAGAGUCUAUCAACAGUCCACAUAUAGUAAGCCUUGCAUCUGCUAACAACAACAAUAACAACAACAACAACAAUAAUAACAUAAACACUGGCAACAAAGAUAGGCCUAGUGUUCUAACCAUGUCAGUUAAUUCCUAA